AUGGUAGAAGUUCCUCAAGUUGGAUCUAGUGGUAUUAAACUCUCCACAAUAAGUGAUGAAGAGAAGCAAGAAUUUUCUGAUGUUGUUCAAAAAUUAGAAAAUUAUUCUCAAGAUAUUAUCAGAUCGUUUGAUGAAACAAUAAAAGGAAUUAGAGGUAAUUUAGAUGGAAUGGGUGAUGUUGCAAUAAAAGCUAUUGCAGCAUUAGAAGAAGCUAGAGCAAAAAUACAAUCUCUUUCUGAACAAUCAUACGAAGAAUUAGAUCAGAUCAUUAACUCCGUUGAAUCAGUUAUAACAGAACUCGAGUGUAUUGACACAAUUCAGGCAGAUGUUAAUUUCUUGAGCGAUGCAAUCACUACUGUUGAAACUGCAGUUCGUUCCAAAUCUGCCUAA